AGCAACUUCAAGAGUCGCAUCAAUUUGUCAUAGACAUGCUUGCUGUGAAGACGUAUCUUCUGGCAGUGCUCCUGGCACUUGCUGCAGUAGCCUGCGUUGAAUCGAAAUCCUGGUGGGAAACCGCCUCCUUUUAUCAAAUCUAUCCGCGAUCCUUUAAGGACAGUGAUGGCGAUGGUGUGGGUGAUCUGAAGGGAGUCACCAGUAAAUUGGCUUAUCUGAAGGAAAUUGGUAUAGAUGCCACAUGGUUGUCGCCCUUCCUCAAAUCUCCCAUGGCUGAUUUUGGUUAUGACAUUUCCAAUUUCACUGAUGUGGAUCCCAUCUUUGGCACCAUGGAGGAUUUUGAGGAAUUAAUGGAGAAAUCCAAAGAAUUGGGAGUGCGCAUUAUUUUGGACUUUGUGCCCAAUCACUCCAGUGAUGAAUGUGAGUGGUUUAUCAAAUCUGCCGCCAGGGAUCCCGAAUAUAAGGAUUUCUAUGUAUGGCAUCCUGGCAAGAUGGUGGAUGGUGUUAGAAGGCCUCCCAACAAUUGGGUGAGUGUAUUCCAUGGUUCGGCCUGGGAAUGGCAUGAGGGACGUCAGGAGUACUAUCUGCAUCAGUUCGACAAGAAGCAACCCGAUUUAAAUUUCCGCAAUCCCAAAGUUCGCGAGACAAUGAAUGAUGUUUUGCGCUUUUGGCUGGAAAAAGGUGUCCAUGGUUUCCGUGUAGAUGCCAUUUAUCAUGCCUUUGAAAUCGAAGCUGAUGCCGAUGGCAAUUAUCCCGAUGAACCACGCAAUGAUUGGAAUAAUGAUCCCGAGGACUAUGGUUAUACGCAGCAUAUUUACACAGUGGAUCAACCGGAAACUCCCCAUUUGGUCUAUGAAUGGCGUGAGAUUUUGGAUAAAUUCCAACAGGAUCAUGGCGGCGAAGAGAGAGUGCUUAUGGUGGAGACUUGGUCACCCAUUGACAUAGUGGUGCAAUACUAUGGCAAUUCAACCGCCGAAGGUGCUCAAAUUCCUUUCAAUUUCCAAAUGAUUCUUUACAUAUGGGAGGACUCCGAUGCUCAUCAAUAUGCCAAGGUCAUCAAUAACUGGCUAACUGCUAUGCCGGAGGGUCGUACCCCCAACUGGGUGGUGGGCAAUCAUGACAAGAAUCGUGUGGGUUCCCGCUUUGGCGAAGAUCGCAUUGAUAUGUUCAAUAUGAUGAUUUUGACCCUGCCCGGAUGCAGCAUUACCUACAAUGGCGAGGAAAUAGGCAUGACCGAUGUAUGGAUCUCCUGGAAGGACACCGUAGAUCCUCAGGCCUGCAAUAGCUAUGAGGAAGGCUAUGAAUACCGUUCACGCGAUCCCGCACGCACUCCCAUGCAAUGGAGUGAUGAGCCAAAUGCCGGCUUCAGCGAUGGCCCAAGCACUUGGUUGCCCAUAGCCAGUAACUAUAGGCAAAAUAAUGUGAAAGUUCAAAGAGGCAUAUCCUUGAGUCAUUUGAAUAUUUUCAAGCAACUACAAGCCCUAAGGGACGAAGAGACUAUGCGAGAUGGCGAUGUUGAGGCUAAGGCUUUCAACUUUGAUGUUAUGGGCAUUAAGCGUUCCUUGAGGAAUAACUACACUUUUAUUACUCUCAUGAAUGUUUUCGACCAAAUAAUGACGGUAAAUAUGCACGAUGUCUUUGACGAUUUACCACCAGAAUUUGAAUAUGUGAUUGUUACCGAUAAGUCCAUACGGCGUGUAGGCGAUAAAGUUUGGACCGAUAAGGUGGUGUUGUUCCCCAAAGAAGCUGUGGUCUUGAAAUCAACCGUUAAAGUUUGAAGUGAUAUAAUAUGUGUAAAUUGUGUAUUAUAUUAUGGCAAUUUCAAUUUGAAUA